AUGGCCGAACUACAGCAGCGCCGUUUGUCGGCGGAUAAUCAGACCGUCUCCAAGGCGGAAAUUCCAUUGAAGGAACGGUUCUUCCGCUACUUUCAACAUGAGAUCACCGUGUUGCAAGAAAGAAUGGACCACCUUUCCAGCACAUCUCUGGUCGGGGGUGAGCGAGCCGACGCAACAGACCACUGCCUUGCGGGGAUAGUACGCUUAUCGAAUGAGGUGAAGGAUGCAGCAAGCUACAUCCCAACGUAUGAUCAGAGGGUCUAUGCGGAGGCGAUCAAAGCUCUGCAAGACCGACUGAGUGAGAUACGUACGGCAUUUGAGCCUCGAUCGAAAUUCAGCUUCAAGAACAAGAAGAAUGCUUCCGCAAUCUCCAUCUCUGAUGCCGCUGCCUUGGCUGUGGAGGGACGAUUGGAGGGACGACUCAACAUUCCGGGCUAUCAUUCUCCGGGCGCCUCGUCCAUUGAUUCAUCCGCAACCCACACACCCAACUAUCCAUCCACACCGCUGAACGAGCCAGACAAACAGCAACAGGAGAAACCGGAGCUUGCGCCUACUUCUUGCCCCGGUGUGUCUGUUGAUGAUUUCGCCUCGAAGUCAAGCUCGGACAAGUUCGCAGCUACCGGCAUAUCGUCCGUCUCCGUUGACGAUCAUUACGGCUUGCAUAUUAUGCUCCCAUCUGCUGGAUCGACUUCCACAGUUCCUGCAUCAAUUACCUCCCUCGAUCAUUGCAUCGUUGACAUGUCUAUCCCCACUGCCAAUGGAAAACCAUACGCCAGUCUGACUGCCAAGGGAGUCAAAGGGAGUUUGCUAGUCUGUGGCCAAGUCAAUGGUCCUGCCCACGUCACCGGCGUUGAACGUAGCGUCAUGGUUGUUUCCUGUCGCCAGUUCCGCAUGCAUAACUGCAGCAACGUUGAUGUGUAUCUUAGCUGCUCCAGCAAUCCCAUCAUCGAGGACUGUUCCAAUAUUCGCUUUGGCCGGAUCCCCAAAGCAUAUGCAUUGAGACACGACAGACCUGACCACGAAGAUCGCUGGAGCCAAGUCGAGGACUUCAAAUGGAUCAAGACUGAACCAAGUCCAAAUUGGAGCCUAAUUGAUCCCAACGAUGCGGUGCCUGAAGAAGUCUGGGCAGAGAUUGUUCCUGGCGGGCCAGGAUGGUCCCUCGAAGAUAUCUUACAGGCUAUCAAGGUGAUGAAGGAUUAG